AUGGCCUUCUCGCUGCGGCGCAACUGGGCGGCGCUGGUGGCGACGCUGGGCGCCGGCGGCGACGGCGACAUCCCCUGCAUCCACGGCGUGCGCGCCCUCUUCUCGCUCAGCCUCUACGUGGCGCACAAGGUCAUCACGCUCGCGCUCAUGCCCUACGUCAACCGCGUCGAGCUCACGCAGGCCGCCAACGAGCCGCUGAGCUCCAUGCUGCGCGCGUCCAUCGUGUACACGGACUCCUUCCUGAUGCUGAGCGGCGUCCUCAUCGCCUACAACCUGUCGCGCGAGAUGAGCCGGAAGGGCUCCGUCAAGCUGACGCCCGCGUUGGUGGCGCUGGUCCUCUUCUACGGCUACGUCUUCGAGCACCUGGGCCAGGGGCCGCAGUGGGGGCGCGUGGUGCAGCAAAACGCGGACAUCUGCAAGCGCAACAUGUGGAGGAACGUCCUCUACAUCCAGAACUUCUUCCCGUUUGAGGACAUGUGUGCGACUCACACGCACCAACUGGCGCUGGACAUGCAGCUAUCUCUCCUCGCGCCGCCUCUCGUGACGCUACUCGCCAAAUCUCCCAUU